AUGUGCCGUUUUCUGAUUUACAAAGGAUGCAAUGACAUCCGGCUCAGCAAACUUGUAACAGAGCCAAGCCACUCUAUUUUGACUCAGUCCUAUGACUCCCGCUUACGAUUGGACAACCGCCGCCCAGUAAAUGGCGAUGGCUUCGGUGUAGGUUUCUACACCGACCCAAAACUCGGCCCAGAGCCCUGCGUCUUCACAUCCACAAUCCCAGCAUGGAACUGCGAGAAUCUCGAGCGUCUCGCCUCAAAAACCUGCUCCAAACUAAUCUUUGCACACGUCCGCGCAACAACAGAGGGCUCCCUCGCAGAUAACAACUGCCAUCCAUUCCAGCACCACUCGCUGAUGUGGAUGCACAACGGCGCAGUCGGUGGCUGGAAUUGCAUCAAGCGUACACUUGCCUCAUCGCUGUCUGAUAAAUGGUUCCUCAAAGUGAAGGGAGGAACAGACAGUGAGUGGUCGUUUGCGCUCUUCCUUGAUUUAUUGGAGAAAGAGGGCGUGGAUCCGUCUUCGGAUGCUGGACCCGAUGGUUUUGGACAAGCGCUACUGCGAAAGGUCAUGAUGAAGACUAUUGCGAAGAUUAAUGAGUUUGUAACGGCGAUUCCGGAGCAAAAUAAGCCUGCGGGAUUGGAAACACGCAGUUUGCUCAAUUUUGCCGUUACGGAUGGUCAUACUGUUGUUUGCACGAGGUAUAUUAGUAGCAAGACGGAUGAGCCCGCUAGUUUAUACUUUUCGUCGGGGACGAAGUGGAAGGAGGGUAGUACGAAGGGACAUUUCAAGAUGGAGCGUCAUGAUAAGGGUGCGGAUAUUGUGUUGGUGGCUAGUGAGCCGAUUACUUUUGAGAGACAUAAUUGGGUCUCUGUCCCUACCAAUUCGGUGGUUACCAUUCACAAGCAGACUGUCUUGCUUCACCCUAUUGUGGAUGAGUUCUAUAGCGAGGACAUGAACCAUGAUCGGUCAUCUUGCUAUGCUUCUUCCAAGGGUCUUGUCAGCACUGCACCUGGUACUACGGUACCGCCAUCUAACACUAAAGAUACCUGUGCCCCUACCGAGUCUGUCUUGGGAACUGGCCCGGUAGCUACACAGUGUGCAUGA